AUGGCAUCUAAGCUUCCUCAUGUAGGCUUGGGAGCCCUUAAAGAUGGAGAUCUGCCGUCGGGAAUGAACCUGCAAAAUGUACAUAUCCUAUUCCGCCAUGGCGACCGGACUCCACUGGGGGAGCUAUUGAACGACUCCAUGCCGUUUGAAAAGACUUGGCCUCUCGGUCGUGGCCAACUGACUGACGAGGGUGUAUUACAGGGCUUCAAACUUGGGAUGUGGCUGCGUCAGAAAUAUGACUUCUACCUCAAACAGCAAUACAAUGCUUCCGAUUUUUAUAUGCGAAGCACUGACUAUGAUAGAACACUUAUGUCUGCCCAGGCAGUAGCUGCAGGACUCUAUCCACAGAAGUCCUCGCCCUUGGAAUCAUACGGAAUUCAGUGGAAGCCUAUUCCUGUGCACACUGUUCAAAAGGAUCAAGAAACUUUACUUAGUUUGUCAACCUGCUACCGAUUGGGAAAGUUACAAUAUGAAGCAUUGACCUCAGAGUCUGUGGACAACUUUACGGAGUCCCAUAGAUUGCUUUUCAGUUUGAUAAACAACAGUCCCGUUGAAGUGAAAAUUGAUCGAUUCAAUCUUUGGGAGCUAGUAGACUUGCUUAUAUGUAUGAGAGCCAACAACGAACCAUUUCCUGCUUGGUGCACGGAUGACAUUUUCCAGGAGAUGCGGGAAGUAUCAAAGUACUUUUGGUUGGUGAUGUCCAGAAGCAGCAAUGAAAUCCUCCAAUUGGAAAUCGGAGUGUUUUUGAAAACUUUUAUUCAGCAUCUAAUGGCCAUUACAAGUGGUGGCAGUACAGUUACAAUCAACGGACGUCAGCUGAAAUCGCAACAUACUGUGAUCUAUUCUGCUCAUGACAACCAUAUAAGUUAUAUUCUGGGCGCCUUCGGAGUGAUAGCGGACGAAGAAGUACCAUAUUCUAGUGCUAUUGUAUUCGAACUCCUUGGACCCGAACCACCUUCUCCCGUUGAAAGCUACAGAUUACGCUUGCGCUACAAACAAGGACAUUUGGAUGAAGUUGGUGUAUACCCAACCCUGAAACCGUGUGCUGGUCAGCCGGGGGUUGAAGGAUGCUCACUAAGUUUGGUGCUGGAACAUCUUGAACCCUACUGUUUGGAUGAGGAAGUGUAUACUGAGCUGUGCCGCGAGCCAUCUUACACUGAUGUUAAACUUUCGUAA